AUGGAGGUUCAGAACCGGGCGGAGAGACUUCGGGAUGCCCUCUGCCUACCACCUAUCCGUCGGGCAUCUGCAGACAACAUCAACCCAUCUCAUCCGAGAUACAUAUCUCACUUACCACCAAGCCACCAAAGAACACCACAAGACGGUUAUUAUUCCCCCUUCACGACUUCUCCGACAACCCGAAGCAACCGUUCAGAGUCGCCAAGGGUUCUUCCCCCAAUCAUUUCAUUUGGCGACGACAUAGCUGAGUCGCCUGUCUUUCAUACUCCCCAGAGUAGCCGACGAGCAAGCCAAGUAUCAUACCCAGCCUCAGAUAAGAGUCUCGACCCAUUCCAGCCGAUCCACUAUGAUCCAAAUCCUCACGAGAAGGCAGCCCCGAGUCUGAAGUCGCAGCCUACUAACAGCAUGACAACUCCUGGUGACGUGAAUCAGAAUAAUGGUAUGUGUCGGAUACCGAGUGACAAAAAGGCUGGGACUACAUUCUAUGAGAUUCCAACGCCUUUGGCAGAAUAUCUUGAGAGGAUCCUUGCUGCAGGGGACAUGCCAUUUACUCUGGCUGGUUUCAGAGACAGAGAUAACUAUUACAACUGCCCGUUCUGUAGCGAGAACGGAAAGAGGAAUUAUAAAAGGUCAGGACCUUUUGCGGAUCAUUUAGUAAGGCACUGGAAAUCGCUACAGACAUCAUAG